AGCGACCACGGGAGAAUGGAGUGGACGAUUGUGAGGGUGUACAUUGUGGCUGAAAUGACAAGAAGAUGCAACUCAACUGUGGGUUUUAUCGGUUUGGGUAACAUGGGGAAGCACAUGGCAAGAAACCUUGUUAAGAAGGGGUUCAAUAUAGUUGCUUACGACAGCAAUAGCAGUGCAGCAGAGAGUGUCAGCAGCGGUGGGGAAGGAGUGAAUGUGAACAUUGCAAGCAGCAUAGCUGAGCUCUCAUCGAAAGUGGACUCUGUGGUCACAAUGCUUCCCGACAAUGAUAGCGUUAUGCAGGUUUAUUCAAGUGAUGACGGAAUAAUAAAGAAUGCAAAAAAAGGCGCAACACUGAUCGAUUCCAGUACAGUAGAUCCCAAAGUUCCGCAGGCUGUUGGUACAUUAGCAGAGAAACAAGGACUAGUGUUUUUUGACGCACCUGUAUCAGGAGGUGUUAUGGCCGCCGAGAACGCUCAAUUAACAUUUAUGGUGGGUGGAAUUGAAAACGAAGUUUGCCGAUUGGAGGCAAUCCUUGAAGCAAUGGGCAAGAAAAUGUUCUACUGUGGGAAAUAUGGAUCGGGUCAAGCUGCUAAAAUUUGCAACAAUAUGAUUUUGGGAAUAAGCAUGGGAGCUGUUUCCGAGGGUCUGAAUCUUGGAGUUGGGUUUGGGUUGGAUCCUAAAUUGCUGUCGGCUGUAAUAAACAGUAGUUCCGGCCGAUGUUGGGCAUCCGAAGUAUACAAUCCAGUACCUGGAAUCCUUGAAACAUCUCCAAGUUCAAAAGAUUAUCAGGGUGGAUUUGCUUCCAAACUCAUUACCAAAGACCUGAGUCUUGCAGUUGAACUAGCCAAGAGGACGUCUAGCAGUGUCCCUUUGGGAAACAAGGUUUUCGAGCUCUACAAAGAAAUUUGUAAGGGGCAGUAUGCAGAUCGUGAUUUUUCAAUCAUGUACAAGUUUCUGAAUGAAAGUAAAGGAAAAGUAUAAGAAAAA